AAAAAUGGCGGCUGUUACAUUGGUUCUUAACGAACUUCAGUCCAACGUCACUUCAGCAAAUCUGACCGUACCUGCUGGAUCGAACAGUCCGGGUGACUUUUAUUCCGUUGGUUUGGUCAGGCCAUGUGGGUCCCGCUACCCUCCAGCCACUAACGCCGUCAGGCGCCUCUAUUUGCCGUGCGGUCAAACACUCCCUUCCGCCGUCACCUCAAAUCCUCCGUCAACGGUCCUAAAUUGUCCCAAGUCGACAGUUGCUCUCUCUUUCUCUGUUCGACAUGUCCGUGGUACCUACCCACCCUGCUCUCAGGCACCUGGGAACCAGGGCCUCAAGUGACCCGUCACGUGACCCUCCAACUUCACCCAAAUUGAAAAUUUCAAUCUUGAGCUUCAGGCUCAGAGGGCCAACUCGCUACCCGCCUUCUUCAAAUCCUUUGGUCUUUUCCCGUAAAUUUGAUGAAAUUCGACGUCCAAUUAGGGCCGUAAAUGCUCUGAGCCAAGAAGGGUCGUUGCAAGAGCUCGAUGAUAAGCCGAUCUCGGUGGAGCUCGUACCGAUUUCAGGCGAGACCCAGUUCGACCGGGUCAUUGCCCAAGCGCAGCAGCUGGAGGAAUCGGUCGUUGUCGUUUGGAUGGCAAGCUGGUGCAGAAAAUGUAUAUAUUUGAAACCAAAAUUGGAGAAGCUGGCAGCUGAGUACUAUCCAAGAUUACGGUUCUGUUCCGUUGAUGUCAAUUCAGUUCCACACAAGCUUGUUGCUCGUGCUGAGGUCACUGUAAGUUUUUCAUCUCACUUGGAAGAAUAUGUUAGUAUGGCUUGUAUUUGAAUGGAAGUAGGGUCAUGUAAGUUUGGGCUGAACGUCAAUUGUAAAGUGUAUAGCUUCACGGUAAUGAGUAAAAGCCAAAUAUUCAAAAUCUUCUGUGGGAUAUGGACAUGGCUUUUUCGCCAUUAGCUAUGGAAAUCUUAGUAACUGAUCAGUUAAGUGA